CUGCCUCAAAUCCCAAUAGCAGGACAUCCUACAAAAUGACCUACCAGGAUCCCAGCCCAGCCGUGGCCACUGAAGGUAAUGUGGCAUCCUGGAACAGACAGUAGGAAACAGAUGGAGGUAAACUGUUUAACCUUAAAAGACCUGAUCAACCCCAGGCAGUCCAGACUAGAUUUUGCAAUCGAAGAUGGGGACAAUGCGCAAAAGGAAAACAUAUUUGUUGAUCGCUCAAGGAUGGCCCCGAAGACUCCAAUAAAAAAUGAACCCAUUGAUUUAUCAAAGCAAAAAAUCUUCACUCCAGAAAGAAAUCCCAUUACUCCAGUUAAGCUUGUUGACCAAAGGCAGCAGACAGAACCAUGGACGCCCACAGCUAACCUGAAGAUGCUCAUUAGUGCUGCCAGCCCGGACAUAAGAGACCGGGAGAAGAAAAAGGGACUGUUCAGACCCAUUGAAAACAAGGAUGAUGCCUUUACAGACUCCCUGCAGCUUGAUGUUGUUGGAGACGGUUCUGUGGACGAAUUUGAAAAACAACGGCCAAGCAGAAAACAGAAAAGUCUAGGACUCCUGUGCCAAAAGUUUCUAGCUCGCUAUCCAAGUUAUCCCUUGUCAAGCGAGAAAACCACCAUCUCUCUAGAUGAAGUUGCUGUCAGUCUUGGCGUUGAAAGGAGACGUAUCUAUGACAUUGUAAAUGUGCUGGAAUCACUGCAUCUGGUCAGCCGGGUGGCCAAGAAUCAAUAUGGCUGGCAUGGACGGCACAGCCUGCCAAAAACCCUGAGGAGCCUCCAGAGACUGGGAGAGGAGCAGAAAUAUGAAGAGCAGAUGGCACAUCUCCAACAGAAGGAGCUAGAGCUGAUGGAUUAUAAACUCGGAGAACGUAAAAAAGAUGGCUACCCAGAUUCUCAGGAUCAGCAGUUACUGGAUUUCUCUGAACCCGACUAUCCCUCUUCAUCUGCAAACAGUAGGAAAGACAAGUCUCUGAGAAUCAUGAGCCAGAAGUUUGUCAUGCUGUUCCUUGUCUCCAAGACCAAGAUCAUUACUCUUGAUGUGGCGGCCAAAAUACUAAUAGAAGAAAGCCAGGAUACCCCGGACCAUAGUAAAUUUAAAACAAAGGUACGACGCCUCUAUGACAUAGCCAACGUUCUGACCAGCUUGGCCCUGAUAAAGAAAGUGCACGUAACCGAGGAGCGAGGCCGGAAACCAGCCUUCAAAUGGAUCGGGCCUGUGGACUUCAGCUCCAGUGAUGAAGAACUAGUGGAUGUUUCUGCAUCUGUCUUACCAGAAUUGAAAAGAGAAACAUAUGGCCAGAUUCAAGUCUGUGCAAAACAGAGGCUGGCUCGACAUGGUUCUUUCAAUACAGUUCAGGCUUCUGAGAGGAUCCAGAGGAAAGUGAACUCAGAACCCAGCAGCCCUUAUAGAGAAGAACAAGGAUCAGGGUACUCCUUAGAAAUUGGAAGUCUGGCAGCCGUUUACCAACAGAAAAUAGAAGACGGUUCACAGGGGAAAGCCGUUGCCACUAGUAAGAGAGCGAUGCCUCCAUCAGGCAGCCUGGACCCUCCUGCUCCUCUCCCCGGCCUGUCUGUUGACUCCGAAUAUUGUGCUCACCCUUUAGCGCACCAGGUAUUUUCUGUGGCCCAAUUGGACCUGCAGGCUUUCCCCACGCAGAACAGUCUGCACGGACAAGUGGGUGUCUCAGCAGCUUCGGCCGCCUCGGAUGUGGAGAGCCUGAAGCCAGCCCUGCUGGCCAGCCAGCCCCUGGUGUACGUGCCCUCGCCGUCCCUGCUCAUGCUGUACGGGAGGCUGCAGGAGGGCCCGGCCCCCACGUCAGGCUCGGGAGUCCCGGCGGACCGGCCACCCACACCCUCUGUCCAGAAGCGCCUCGGUGAGGAGAGGAAGCCCCAGGCGGAGGAGCCAGCCCCUAAAAGACAGAGCAGGGACUACGAAGACAGCCCCCUCGCUCUGGUCAUGCCCAAGAAACCUUCAGAGGCCACAGACCUCACCUCCGCCAAGACCCUGAGUAACGGCAGAUCUGGGGCCCCCGAAGACAUUCACAUGGAGGCCCAGGCCUCUGCUGCAGAGGAGGCUUCGGGAAAGGCCACGGCAAACUGCCUCACUUCUUCCGAGUGGGGAAAUCCUUCAAGAGACACAGAGAUGGAAAAGUCUUCAAAAGAAAAUGAAAGCACCAAAGAGCCCUCUUUGCUGCAGUACCUUUACGUGCAGUCGCCGGCCGGACUGAAUGGCUUCAAUGUGCUCUUGCCCGGCAGCCGGAACCCCCAGGCCGGGGGGGCUCCCUCAGGUCAGCUGCCCCCCCUGGGCAUUCCGUGCAUGGUCCUGCCGUCUCCCACGCUGGGCCCGUUUCCCGUGCUCUACUCUCCCACCGUGCCCAGGCCGGUCUCCUCUGCCGCCGGCGCGCUCCCAGGUGCGGGGCCUGUGCAUUUCGGGGUGCCCAGCCUGGGAUCCACGGCUCACCUCCUCAUCGGCCCCACAAACGUGGUUAACCCCAAGUCGUCCACGCUCCCCUCCGCAGACCCGCAGCUCCAGCGUCCACGCUCGCUCGGCCUGAGCCCGGAGGUGCCAGGGCCACACGGCAUCGUCCAGCCCGGGUCCCCAGGGUGCACGGCACAUCCCGGCUCCGCGGUGAAGCCACAGCAGUGCCCCGGCCCCGCGACCCCCGCGACCCCCGUGACCCCCAGGAGCGAGCGGCGCACACAGCGUGAGACGUUCUUCAAGACUCCGGGCAGCCUGGGGGAGCCUGUCCGUCGGAGGAGAGGGGGCAGCGCGGCCCGGCACAGCCGCUCGGCGCAGAGGCGGCUCCACAUCCCCGGCCCCCCCGGGCCCCCCAGCACCCAGGCCGACUGAGGCCGCCCGGAGCCUUCACCCCCGGUUCUGCUGGUAUCUCCCCACCCAUGAAGCCUCUGUUUUCCCGAAAGUGACGGUUGCUGAUUGUGCAGCGAGUGUGCAACGAGUGUCACCCGAGCCCCCAGCGGUGGUUGUGACUCCAGAAGGGCCCAGGGGCUGCCUAGCACUUACCGUGCUGAGUUCUCGGCGGGUUCCCCUCACCCCCAGUACACAUCUGUGGUGCGAGAAACUUCUUUUCUGCAGUUCAAAAAAGCUACUGCUUCCUUGGGCUUCAUCGGGAAGCCAGCUCCAGUCGUGAAUCCUAUGGUGUUAUUUAUUUUGUUCCUGAAAUGGGAUUUAGUGCAAAAAGUUUACAACGACAGCAAAAUGCAUGCUUUUCAGGGUAUGACGACUUGAAUGUUUAUGCCUUUUUUUCCCCCCUAUAAUUUGCCCUGCACUUACUUCACAGCCUACUAAUAACGUGGAUAAAUGUAUGCACGUGACGGAAUGUUAAGACUACAAUAACUGUGAACGGCACACCUUUUGCUGUAAUGAGCUGUGCUGACCCCGUCUGGGCAGGAGAAGCAAGAGGAGCACAGUAGGGUUUUGCUGUUUGUUUCUAAAAACCCUACCGUGUGUAGUUUCCUUCAUUACAUGCUCCUUGGCUUUUUUUAAAUUUAAAUGUUAACUGUAGAGUAUCCGGUAUGGAUGCCUUCUAAGAAUUGCUGUUUAUUGAAUAAAUCAGGACGGUAGCAAGUGAUUACACGGAAAAUUGGAACCUGGAUGGGACCUUUCGGUAGAAUUCUGAAGCAUAAUGAUGUAAAGAUUGAUAGAGGACUGAUGGGUGACCGUUUCAUUUUUUCUUUUGCUUUUUUCUUAUUUUUGGAAGGGUAAGAGGGAAAAUUGGACACAUUAUGUUCAGCAUCCAAGAGUCUUCAAACCAGUUAUUUUUCAGAGUGUUUCUGAAAAAUAAGAGUGGUGAGUGCAGGGAUUCAUUGUUCUAGCAUGAAUACAAUUCUGGAAAAUAUUAUGCAAUACCCCUUUGUUAACCCGUAUUGCUUUAGGAUGUCAGUAAGUAGCCAGGCUAGCUCUUUGUAUUCCUAGAUUUAUCGAUGUGUACCUCAUUCUUCUCUCUUCCUUCCUCUUCUUUCUUCCCUCCUUCCUUUCUCUAUUUCUUUCUUCUUUAAGCUUCUGUCUUAGAUUUCGAAUCUUGGUGUAGGAUUCUAUUUUAUGUUAUUUUUGGACCCAAUAAAAUGUUUUAUGAAAUAAAAAUAUUAAUUUAAGAGGCUCUGGGAGUCUGAGUAAAAGUAGCUUUAUAUUAACUACAGGAUAAUGUUAGCCUUAUUACCCCCCACAAGAUUUUUGAAGACUUGAGGUAGGUUAGCCAGAUUAAAUAAAUUUGUUAUUAUAUAAAAUUUUUAUCAACACUAAACUUUUAAAGUUUACAAGAUGGCAUUUUUUUUUCUUUUCCUUUUUUUAUUACAGUCUUUUCUAGCACUAAACGGAUAAAAUUAUGGUUCUAAUCAUCAACAAUCUCCCAGUAAUGAUUACCCUGAGCUAAUAUGAGGAGUUCCCCUAUUGAAACAAGCAUUGUCUUUUUCAGUUAAAUUACAGGACACAGCAUCUGUCUCUGCACAGGGUGCAUGCAUGUUCAAACCUACCACACUUAAGAACUUCCACGGAAUAUUUUCACUUGAGGGGGUCUACAGUUAGAUGAAAUCACGAUCUGAUUUUCCCCUCACUGUUUUUGGAUGCUUGCCACUUAUUACUUUAACUUCUUUGCUCUCCUUUAUUAUUUUUUUUAUUCUGUUCAUAUGACCAUAAAAACCUCAGAGAAUUCAUGGUUCUUGAGGGGUGUUAAGAAGCAACCCCAUAAAUCAGAAUAUUACGACUCUGUGGACCAUACUCAGCAAUAGAAAGCAAAGAACACAUUCCUUUUGUAUUCAGAACCCACUUUUAAAUGUGGCUUUGUGAUAUGUAAAAAAAUAAACAAUGCAGUGGUUGUUGCUGUCA